AUGCCGGCCGAGGCCGUUGUCGAUCUUGUCCCCGGAGAGCAGCGCGAUGCCGCCAAGGGAGAUUCCGCCGCCCAAUUCGCUGCUGUUGAGCAGGUUUCGAGCAGACGACAGAGACUGUCGGAUAUCUUCACAAUUUUUUGCUCCGGCUUCGCCCUCAUCUCCGAUGGCUACCAGAACAACCUCAUGACCAUGUCCAACGUGCUCUUCAAAAAGGAAUACCCCCGCGAGUACACGCCGCAGGUCAGCACCCGCGUCUCCAAUGCCCUCCUCGUCGGUGAGAUUCUCGGCCAGGUCCUUGUCGGCCUGACUUGCGACUACAUGGGCCGCAAGACGGCCAUCAUCGCCACGACUCUGCUCAUCGUGAUUGGCGGCAUCCUGGCCACUGCCUCGCACGGCGUCACCAUUGACGGCAUGUUCUGGAUGCUGACUGUUUCGAGGGGCAUUGUUGGCUUCGGAGCCGGUGGUGAAUACCCGGCCGCCAGCACGUCUGCGUCCGAGGCCGCCAACGAACACACCCCCAAGAGCCGGGGGCCCGUCUUCAUCCUCGUCACCAACCUCCCCCUCUCGUUUGGCGGGCCAUUCGCCGUGUCCGUCUUCCUCGUGGUGCUGUCCGCCGCCGGCGAUGCCCAUCUCUCCACGGUAUGGCGCGUCUGCUUCGCCAUCGGGGUUGCGCUGCCCCUGACCGUCUUCUACUUCCGCCUCAAGAUGCUCAACUCCAAGCUCUACCGCCGCGGCGCCAUCAAGAAGCACGUCCCCUACGGCCUGGUCAUCCGCUACUACUGGAAAACGCUGGUCGGCACCUGCGGCGCCUGGUUCCUCUACGACUUUGUCACCUUUCCCAACGGCGUCUUCUCGGGCACCAUCAUCUCCAGCGUCGUCUCCAAAACCGGCAGCACCCUGCGCAGCACCGCGGAGUGGCAGCUUCUCCUCGGCGCCAUUGCGCUGCCCGGCGUCCUCGUCGGCGCCUACCUCUGCGACCGCUUGGGCCGCAAGAACGUCAUGAUGCUCGGCUUCUCGGGCUACUUGGUCUUUGGCCUGAUUAUCGGCUGCGCGUACGACAGCAUCACCGCCAUCAUCCCCCUCUUUGUCGUCUUCUACGGCCUGAUGCAGAGUUCUGGCAACCUCGGCCCCGGCGAUAUGCUCGGCCUCAUUUCUUCCGAGAGUUACGCUACCAGCGUGCGUGGAACGUGCUACGGACUCAGUGCGGCCAUUGGCAAGACGGGCGCCGCCGUGGGAACACAGGCCUUUACACCUAUUCAAGACCGGUUCGGCAAGAGGUGGACAUUCAUCGUCGCGGCCGUUUGCGGCGUGGCAGGCGUCUUGGUCACGUACCUUUUUGUGCCGACGCUGACGGGCGAGGACUUGGCCAAGCGGGAUGAGGAGUUUAGGGCGUAUCUGCUGGCGAACGCGUGGAAUGGCGAGAUGGGCGAGGCCGAUUUGAAGGACUUGGCCGAGCAUGUCGACAACGGGGACGCGUCGGCUGAGAAUCGCGACAAGGGCGUCAGCGUUGCCGCGUAG